ACCAACGUUACCCGUGAUGCAUUGCAUGACGUGUCAUGGUGUGUUUUAACGUUACGUGUUAUUUGUACUUUCGUUUUUGUUAAGAAGAACUUGUCGGCUUUGUGUUAAAUGUUAACCGGUCGUUUGUGUAAUUAUAUGACUCCUAUUUGUCAUAUUGAAAACGGACAGGCAGUAUAUCUUUAAACAUAAUUUAGCAAUAUGAUUUUGAUGGAGUGUUUAAUUUUAUGCACUUUGGUAAUCAUUUCGUCUUCAAAUGGCUUUUAUUUACCGGGUUUGGCACCAGUUAAUUAUUGCAAAGAGAAAGAUGGAGCUGGAACCAAAACUUGUAAGAAAGAUGUCACGCUAUAUGUGAAUCGAUUAAACACAGAAGAGUCUAUCAUACCUUAUGAAUAUGAAUAUUUUGAUUUUUGCAAAGUUGAUGAUAAAACAAAAACAUCACCUGUGGAGAACCUAGGACAGGUUGUCUUUGGUGAGAGAAUCCGGCCUUCCAACUAUAAGAUUGAGUUCUUGCACAACGAGCCAUGUGUUGAGCUAUGCAAAAAGUCAUACAAGCCAAAGGAUACAGAUUCAGAGGAAAGACUGCUUCUGCUUAAGAAAGGCAUGAGUCUUAAUUAUCAACACCACUGGAUUGUUGAUAAUAUGCCAGUAACAUGGUGUUAUCCUUUAGAAGACAACCAUCAGUAUUGUAGUACAGGCUUCCCAAUGGGAUGUUAUGUCAGGGAGAAUGGAGGAUCUCAAGACUGUGUUAUUAGUUCAAACUACAACAAACCCAAAACCUUCUACAUCUUCAACCAUGUGGAUCUGACCAUUACAUACCACAGUGGGAAAGGUGAAGACUGGGAUGUUGGUUUUGGAUCAAAUGGUGGGCGUAUCAUAUCUGUGAAAGUGACUCCUCGCAGCAUCAAGCACUCAAAUCCUGCCAAACUUGACUGUUCUGAGAAAGAACCAAUGGAUAUACCAGGCGGCGAUCUGGAAGAUGAUUUAAAUAUCAUAUACUCAUAUAGCGUCAAGUUUGUGAUGAAUAACACAAUCAAAUGGUCAUCACGAUGGGAUUACAUCCUGGAGUCAAUGCCACACACAAAUAUACAGUGGUUUAGCAUUCUCAAUUCUCUUGUCAUAGUUCUGUUUCUGUCUGGCAUGGUAGCCAUGAUCAUGCUCAGAACUCUUCACAAGGAUAUUGCCCGCUAUAAUCAGAUUGAUUCAGGAGAAGAUGCACAGGAGGAGUUUGGUUGGAAGCUGGUGCAUGGUGAUGUUUUUCGUCCACCUCGCAAAGGAAUGUUGCUAUCUGUAUUGCUGGGUUCAGGAACGCAAGUGUUCUGCAUGUCCCUCAUUACUUUGGCAUUUGCUUGUUUAGGUUUCCUGUCACCUGCAAAUCGUGGAGCAUUAAUGACUUGUGCAAUGGUAUUGUUUGUGUGUUUGGGCACUCCAGCUGGUUAUGUAUCAGCUCGUAUAUACAAAAGUUUUGGUGGAGAAAAAUGGAAAUCUAAUGUUCUUCUUACUUCGAUGCUUAGUCCAGGUGUUGUAUUCUGCUUAUUCUUUGUGAUGAACCUGAUCCUCUGGAGCAAGGGCAGCUCUGCUGCUGUUCCUUUCACGACCCUUAUUGCACUGCUUGCUCUGUGGUUUGGAGUUUCUGUUCCACUCACCUUCAUUGGAGCAUAUUUUGGAUUCAGAAAGAGGCCAAUUGAACAUCCAGUGAGAACGAAUCAAAUUCCUCGGCAGAUCCCAGAUCAGAGUAUCUACACACAACCAGUUCCAGGAAUUAUCAUGGGUGGAGUUCUUCCAUUUGGCUGCAUUUUCAUACAACUGUUUUUCAUUCUGAACUCACUGUGGUCAAGUCAGAUGUACUACAUGUUUGGCUUUUUGUUCCUGGUAUUCAUCAUACUUGUUAUCACUUGCUCAGAAACAACAAUCCUGCUCUGCUACUUUCAUUUGUGUGCAGAGGAUUAUCAUUGGUGGUGGCGAAGUUUCCUCACAAGUGGUUUUACUGCCUUCUACCUGUUUGUAUAUUGUAUCCAUUACUUUGUCACGAAGCUCAACAUUGAAGAUACUACUUCUACGUUCCUUUAUUUUGGAUACACACUCAUCAUGGUUUUCCUCUUCUUUCUGUUAACAGGAACCAUAGGCUUUUUUGCAUGCUUCUGGUUUGUAAGGAAAAUCUACAGCGUGGUGAAAGUAGAUUAAGUGAAGUUAAGCGUGGUGAGUAGUUAAACAGUGGAAGUUUGUGAUAAAAAUGUGUCCAGACCUAAAUUAAUCAAAGUACUGCUUUCCACAUGAAGUGGAACUGUGAAUAUAUAAUGAGAAGUUUGAAGAUAAAUGGUGUUUAUCAAGCUGUGUUCUGUCAUGGUGGUGAUGAUGUAGAUGGUAACGAUAAUGCACAGAGCCAUACAACUUAUUUAAUAACAAGAAGGGGAGACAAUAAUUAUGUAUAAUUGUCAUGCUGCAUCGUUUUGAAAAUAGAAAGUGUUAUAUUCCAUUGCAGUAUACUUUUUUUUUGAUGAAGUGAGGAGCUGAUUCUAUGUUUUAGCAAUUCAACACAACAAAAACAAACACAUUUCUCAAUCUCUUGAGAAAGAUCACAUUGAAGCUAACUACAGAUAAGAGAGAAAUUUAUCAUCCUGAAGCAUAGGCUACUACAUAACCAUAUAGUAAUUGCAUAGAUUAAUGAUAGAUUUAGAGGUAAUUUGAUAUUUAAGAAGUAGUCAGACUAGUUUAUGUUUCUUUUUGUGGAUUUGUUAUGAGCCUUUGGUUUGUUAACAGAAUUAUAACAGAUUAUUUCAGUGUUAGACAUUAAAAUUUUGCACAUUUCUUAUGCACGGCCUUGACGUGUAUAAAAGAAGUCUGUGAACCAAGAGUAUUAAUAACAGUAAUAUUAUUACAAACAUUCAUAUUAAAUUUUUACUUCAAGAGGAUCCUUGAUGUACAAGUACUGUGAAACUGGGUUUCUCCAAAAGGUGGUUUUUGUUUCCAAAUCUUUCAUGCAUCUUGGCAUUCUUAAAUGGUCUUAUGAAGAAACAAAUUCUGUACUUGAGAAUGGCUUAAUUAUAGUAGUUUGUGUGAUUUGAGAAGGUUAAUAUUUACCCUUCCACUGUUAAUGGAACAUUUCAUCCAGGUGGGAAAACUCAUUUUGUUCCUCCAAACAGAAAGUACUGUAACUUCAGAUUUUAGCGGGAAAUUCCACCAUAAAUGAAUACAUAUUUGUGUGUGUGUGUGGGGGGGGACACGCAGGUAUGGGCAUGGGCAUGUAUAUUUAGAGACGAAUUAUUGUACAGUUGACUGAAUUUCUACAUGUGGAUGUAUUUUUUGCUAACAGUGGAAGGAUUAUUUAAAGAUGGAGGACACAAGAAAGUCAAAUCACUUUCACAU